AACAAGUGAAUAAGUUCCUUAAUAAACCAUUGGACAACAGAUAUUACAUAUACUACGAACAGAAGUCUGCCGAUCUUUAUAGAGAUAACUAUCACAAAAGUGAACUGAUCAUAAAAGUUGAUCCAAUAUUUUAAUAAUCCGAUUUAUUUUACAGUGCAAUGGUGUCGAAACUAUCCACGGAUGCGGUACACUGGUUCAUGUCGGACCUGACGUCUCGCAUAGUAGCCCAGUCGGGGCUCCCAGCUGACAGGUUUCAUCUCGGCAAAAUUAUCCUGCAAAGCUUCAAAGACUAUCCUGACGCAGUGAUGCAGAUAGACGGAGGAACAGGCGAAUCGGAAACGAAUGGUUCUAUAAUGGAGAGAACGGUAAAAUGUGCUACAGCUUUCAGAAAUUUAGGUUUGACCACUGGUGAUGUUAUGGUGCUUAUGGCACCAAACCAUAUCGAUCUAUCUGUGCCGUUCUAUGCAGGCUUGUAUACUGGGGUCAUCAUAGCAGCCGUGGACAGGACUUUAGGAGUCAAGGAAUUGCAAGAUUCUUUUAAUGUCAGUCGACCAAAAAUCAUAUUCUGCCAAAGUGAGAAAGCUCCCGACAUACAAGUAGCUCUUAAUGAGAUAGAUUUAAAUGCUCUCAUAGUAACUUUCGACAAAGGAGAUUAUCUAUGCAACUACGCUGAUUUCGUAGCAAAAUAUGCCGACGACACUCCAAUACAAGAGUUUAAACCUACAGACUUUGACCCCUCAACAACAACCGGUUUCCUUAUAUCAACAAGUGGCACUACUGGACUGCCGAAAGCUGCUGAAGUCACACAUAAAAACUUUGUUAUUUCUAUACCAAUGUUUUGGAUACAUUUCAAUACGUUCCCGACGCCGACUCGCAUGUCGUUGGUUGGGGCACCGCUCCAGUGGCUGACUGCACUGUUCCAAUUCAUCGCAUCGCCGAUAUUCAAGUACACACGUCUGCAGACCUCCAUAGCUGUAACACCGGAACAUGCCUACUACCUCAUUAAUGAGUAUAGGCCAACGUUUACAAUACUUAGUCCAACAUUAAUGGCGACUCUUAUCAAAAAAGAGGCUCGAGAUCAAUGUGACCUCACCUGCUUUGAGAUCAUUCUGUUGGGAGGAAGUUCGGUACCUACCACCCUAGUUGAUGAUAUUAAGAGUAUCACACCAAACACAGAAGUAGUAAAUAUAUACGGCAUGAGUGAAGUGGCAGGAAUAGCCUUCAGCAACGAGUUCCCACCACCAGGUUCCUGUGGGAAGCCAAUGAAAUGCUUUGAAUAUCGUUUAAUUGACGUGGAUACCCAAGAAGAUAUUGCCGAACCAAAUACUCCAGGAGAACUUUGGCUGAAAGGGCCUUCAAUUUUCAAAGGAUAUUACGACAACGCAGAAGCAACUGAAGAAGCCUUCGUUGACGGUUGGUUCAAAACGGGAGACAUGUUCUACAGGGAUGAAAAUUGGAACUUUUUCUUUCUAGAACGAAUAAAAUUGCUGUUAAAAUAUAAGAGCUACCAGAUAUCACCAGUAGAAGUAGAGAACGUUAUAAGACAGCACCCUGGAGUACUAGAUGUAGCAGUUACUGGUAUACCGGAUGCAGAAUGCGGAGACCUGCCAAUCGCUUGUGUUGUGACACGAGACGGAUACGAUGUAUCGGUGGAUGAAAUUAAAAAUUUAGUUAAAGAUUCGCUAUCAGAUUCAAAACAGUUACGUGGUGGGGUGAUAUUUCUAAACAGUAUACCUAUGACCGCUUCUACCAAAGUGCACAGAAGACAACUUAAGGAAUUAGUGUUAAACCUAGAAAGGCAAUAAAUAUGAUGUGCA